AAUUUCGUUUAAUGAGAUCUUUCGAUUUGAUCGGUAAUUUACCUAGACUGCCUGUAGUGGGCUCAUGAGAUCUCGGAAUAUCGAGAUCGAUAUCCACGUUUAGUACUUUCGAUUGGUAACCUUCUGACCAUAUUCGCGUUUGGACGUGUUUUUCAGGACAUACAGCUGUUGCAAUGGUUAACCCGAAUCAAGUACCAAAGCUGAAAUUGAAUAAUGGCUUGGAAAUUCCAAUUUUGGGGUUAGGCACAUGGAAAUCUAAACCAGGAGAGGUAACACAAGCUGUAAAGGAUGCAAUUGAUGCAGGCUACAGACACAUUGAUUGCGCAUGGAUUUAUGGAAACGAAAAAGAAAUUGGUGAAGCUAUCAAGGCAAAAAUUGAUGAGAAAAUUGUCAAAAGGGAAGACCUGUUCAUUGUCAGCAAGUUGUGGUGUACUUUCCAUAAACCGGAAGCUGUCGAACCGGCACUCAAACAGUCAUUAACCGCUUUGGGAUUAGAUUAUUUGGAUCUGUAUUUGAUGCAUGCUCCGUUUGACUUUAAACCAGGGGAUGAAAAAUUCCCAAGAGACGAAAAUAAUCAGGUCAUUCCAGAAGGUGUCGAUUAUGUGGAUACGUGGAAAGCAAUGGAGCAAGUUUACAAGAAAGGGCUCGUCAAAUCAAUUGGAGUUUCCAAUUUUAAUAAGAGGCAGAUUGAAAGGCUUCUUGAGUUAACAACAGUUGUACCAGUUACUAAUCAAGUAGGUGUUUAAAAGCAGCUGACUGCUAUGUUUGC